GUAUCAUCGCUCGCACAACUCACAAUUAUUAAAAGUUAUCUAACCACCUAUUUCUAUAUGAAGCGCCGUAUAGUGACCCCGUUCUAUUACUUUGUCAUUUAACGAAUUUUAUGGACCAUAUAAUUCGAAUAAGCUGGACCACACGUGAUUACCUCAACCAGUGUCACUCAUGGUGAAUCCCUUAAAGUGAAGCAGUAGAUUAGCUGCCUUCAACAUGCAGAAACGGUUCAUUCUCCUGCUCCUGAAUUUCGGCUCCGCUUAUUUGAAACCUCGACAGUACACCUAUGACAUUCAUAUGCUGGAAGCAAAACCAUUCUCGAAUCCGGAAUUUACAGAUUUUCGCGCUACUGUGGCAAAUGAAACGGCCAUGGAUGCAGAUGUACUCCUUAAGAAGUUUGUAUAUAAACCUUACUUCAUCCGGUCAGUCGUUCAGGUUGAACCCAAUGGAAGGAAGACGACGCUCUACAACCAUCCGUAUUUCCUUUGUGAUGGAGACAAGCACUUUAUACCCGCCUAUAUCAUAAAUUACUACCAAAAGACACUUCAAAUGAUUUUAAAGCAAGAAAUCAAAUGCCCCAUUGAACCCAAGCUUUACUCAAUCAGGGGCUUGGUUUGGAAGUCACCUUAUCUUCCUUUGAAGUUGUUUUACAAGCCAAAAAGCUAUUUCUUGGUCAAUGUAUCUGUUUUCGAAAGUAUUACGAAGUCGAAAAGCAUUUAUUUAGGGUCAUUGUUAAUGAGGAAUGAGAUAUCAAAGCGAGCAAUGUAA